GGGGUGUCUCGCGCUUGGUGACAGCUCGCGCGUGCUGAUGAUGGCGGGCUUUUAUAUUACAUUACUCUUUCUCAUGAAUAUCCAAAGCUGAUGAAAGGAAAAUUGACCUCCUAUUGACUGAAAUGGGGAUGUUCCGGCCACUGAUUAUUGAAUUGCGAGAAUAUUUAAAUAUGAAUCGGUUAAAGCAGCGGAGUUUUAUAUAAGACAUGGAUAGAUGCAAACAUGUUGGGCGGCUAAGACUUGCCCAGGAUCAUUCCAUUCUGAACCCCCAGAAGUGGUACUGCAUGGACUGUAACACCACGGAAUCCAUUUGGGCUUGCCUAAAAUGUUCCCAUGUGGCAUGUGGAAGAUAUAUUGAGGACCAUGCACUUAAACACUUUGAAGAGACCAGACAUCCUUUGGCUAUGGAAGUAAAUGAUCUGUAUGUAUUUUGUUAUCUUUGUGAAGACUAUGUAUUGAAUGAUAAUCCCGAGGGUGACCUGAAAUUACUGAGGAGUUCUUUGUCUGCAGUUAAAAGUCAGAAGCAUGAUCCUUCUGCUAGAAGUGGUAGGACAUUGCGGUCAAUGGCUUUGGGGGAGGAUGUUUGCAACAAUCAAAGAGCCCCUCAGGGACAACCUCAGAUGCUUACAGCUCUCUGGUAUAGACGGCAAUCGUUGCUUGCAAAAGCAUUGCGAACUUGGUUUGAUAAAAGUUCUAGAGGUCAACGAAAAUUAGAACAAAAAAAGCAAAUGGAAGAACUGGAGAGAAAAAAGGAAGUGGCCAGACAGCGACGUCAAGAGAUGAAACGGAGAUUGUUAGAGGAGCUGGCAAAUACUCCUCCCAGAAAAAGUGCCAGGCUUUUAUCGCACAUUCACAGAGAAAAUCUGAUUCCUCGGAAGUUCAGAGAUAUGGAAGCAACUUCCCCUACCUCAAGACGAGUGCAGAGUAGCAAAUUCAAACAAUUCUAUUCCAUCCGACGUAAACCUCUUAUGACUCCUGGUGUGACUGGACUAAAGAAUUUAGGAAAUACGUGCUACAUGAACUCUAUCCUUCAAGUAUUAAGUCACCUCCAGAAAUUUAGAGAAUGUUUCCUGACGCUGGAUCUUUGUGAAACAGAAGAACUCUUAGCUAAGACUGUAAUUGGAAAAUCUAGAAUAUCUGGAAAGCUAGUCACUGGAUCUACUCCAACGGAGUCAGGCAGAAAUGAUCAACUAGGUUCGUUUGGCAGGCAGAGCCUAUCUGUUGGUUUAAAUGGUGGGUCCUCAAUAAGCAAAAGUUUAGAACUAAUACAGCCCAAGGAACCAAGUUCAAAGCACAUCUCUCUUUGUCAUGAACUGCACACACUCUUCAGAGUUAUGUGGUCUGGGAAGUGGGCUUCAGUGUCUCCUUUUGCCAUGCUACACUCUGUAUGGAGUUUGAUUCCAGCAUUUCGGGGUUAUGAUCAGCAAGAUGCUCAGGAAUUUCUUUGUGAAUUGUUGGACAAAGUGCAGCAAGAGCUGGAAUCAGAAGGAACAAAACGUAGGAUCCUUAUCCCUUUUCCACAAAGGAAGAUCACCAAGCAGGUCCUGAAAGUGGUGAACACCAUUUUUCACGGGCAGCUACUCAGUCAGGUCACUUGUAUAACAUGUAACUAUAAAUCCAAUACUGUGGAACCCUUCUGGGAUCUUUCCCUGGAAUUUCCAGAACGUUAUCAUUCUAUCAAUAAAGGGAUUGUGCCUCUUAAUCAGACUGAGUGCAUGCUGACUGAAAUGUUGGCCAAAUUCACAGAAACAGAAGCUUUGGAAGGGAGAAUUUAUGCAUGUGACCAGUGUAACAGCAAACGACGGAAGUCUUCUCCCAAACCUCUUAUUCUAAGUGAAGCUAAAAAGCAGUUAAUGAUCUACAGACUACCUCAGGUCCUCCGGCUGCACCUUAAACGAUUCAGGUGGUCUGGACGUAAUCACCGUGAGAAGAUUGGGGUCCAUGUCCUCUUUGACCAGGUAUUAAACAUGGAACCUUACUGCUGCAGGGAUACUUUCUCCUCUCUUGACAAAGAGACCUUUGUCUAUGACCUCUCGGCUGUGGUGAUGCAUCACGGGAAAGGGUUUGGCUCAGGACAUUACACGGCAUAUUGCUACAACACAGAGGGAGGGUUUUGGGUCCACUGCAAUGACUCCAAACUGAAUGUAUGUAGCGUGGAGGAGGUAUGCAAAACCCAAGCGUACAUUCUUUUUUAUACACAAAGAACUAUACAGGGCAGAGCAAGUAUCUCAGAAACACAACUUCAAGCUCAGGUGCUGUCUAAACACAAUGUUAGAAGACUGACACUCCCCUGAAAGGAGACAUUAUUCUCAAUCAAUUGAUUCUUUUUCAAAAGCCUUGGAAUUAAUUCGGCUAGGCAAGAACAAGUACUGUUGCAAGAAUUUUGGAUCCACCAUCUGGAAAAUUUGUUCUCCUACUAUGUGCAACUCAGUUCUAUAAGAUUGUAGCAGAGCAUCUAUUUUUUUUAAAAAAGGCAGAUGCAUUUGUAAACCCUUCCUUCUCCAAACAAAGAGUAACAGCCUCCAAUGUGUAUGACCAUUUUUCUUCUUUCAAAGAGGAAUUGUUAUGUGGUAUGAAAAAGUAGGUACAUUCAAAACUUCUGUGUACAGACAGGAUACAAAGCCAUUAAACUGACCAUAAAUCUAUACAUUACUUAAGAAAAUAAAUGAAUAGUAGAAUUCUAUCUCUGUUCUGUUGAUGUGGUGAGCUGUUGUUACACUUCUUGGUGUAAAUAACUCACCAAUUAUACAUUGUUCUUUCCAACCAACAUAAUCUAGGUAGAUAGAAUUGUACUAUACAAAAACAAUGAUUUUUCUAAACUGGGAAAAUAUGCUCAUUGGUCCUUGUUUAUAUCUUUCAGGUAACAAAACAAAUGUUUGUGCCCUACAAUUACCCCAAUCUAUUAGAACAAAAGUGGAAAUUAUAUAUAUAUCUGAGUAAUUUGUUGCAUACUUCAAUUUGAACCUAUGCUAAAAAUUACAAGUAGUUUUUUCCCCCACCUAAUCUUAUUCUUAGCUGCUAACAAGACAGCUACAUAAACUGAAUUUGCAACCUAACUUUUCUUGUGUAAUUAUAAUACUUACUAUAGGAUACAUUACUUUCAAGACUUCCAUCAUCUACUGUUUAUCCUAUGAUGAUCACUGCAUGAAUAGGUCUUGUGAAUCCAUUCAGGUUCACAGUGAAGCUUAGGUUUUUAGUAUUACUGACACGUGGUUCAACAAACACAGAUUUUUAAAAAUCAACUCUUACCCUAAACGCAUAAAAUUUUUGCAUAUACAAGAAAAAAUGGUCAGGAAUAUAGUAGCCAUUACAUAGAGUGACAAGUUCAUUUCACCCUAACCUCCUUUUCAUGACCAUUUUUCCAUUCAGUUUUCCCUUCGUUGUAUUUUUGGGAAAUCUUAAAGAGGCUUAUUUUGGAGUCUUAUAGAGAAAGAUUGCACCUAAAUUGUACACCUCUAUUCUCUUUUUCCCCAGUUGCUUUUCUUGCUGUCUCAGUGACAUAAUACAUUCAGCUCUGGAAAUCUAACAGUAAGAAUCUAGUAUACUGUAUAUCUUAAAAGGAAAAGCCCCUGACCACUUCAUGUAAACUUUAAAUAUCACUAACAUCCAAUUUAUUAUGGCUACUUUUACCUAUUAACCUUUCAUGAUUACACUGUUCCAGUGCAAGGGCAUAUUUGGAAAAUACAGACCUCAUUGCAGCUAAGCAACUUGUUGCCUUUCAGUUAAGAAGUACUGAUGUGCAGCAUACAAAUCCCAUGUUAUUCACUUAAAACACAUGAACUGGAUUCUUUUGCUGGUUUGUACAUAGCCUUGAAAAAUUCAGUCUUUAAUAGCUGACUGUAUUUGUACUAGCCAACCUAGAAUAUAAAUCGCUGUGUGUACGAUUCAGCUUUCAGCAGGGUGGGAGGAAUCAAUGUCUAUGGAAAUCUGUAAGAAGCCCAACUCAAAUAUGGUAGUGUGAAGCUGGAGGUUUUUAAAAACAAAAGUGGACAUGGUUCUGGCACAUGCAGUGUUUUUACAUGCUUUCUUAUGGUAAUUCUGAAUCUGGUAUUUUAAAUCCACCAGCAAAUUCCUGAUGAAAUUGAAUCACAAAAUAAUUAAAGAAAAACCUACCGAAUUGUCUCUUCUCAUCCUGCUGGGAACUAUAUUGGAAGUGCAUGGGAUUGUUAUUUGCAGUAUUAGCCUUGAUCCUAUUAUUCACUUUCUGAUUGUCAAAUUAUAGUUUCUAGUCAAACAGAUAGGAACACUCAGAGCCCAGAUGUGACUUAUAAAACAUAAUUUCCAUUCCAGAAAGGUUUUUUUUAGCAGAAGCAUUCUUGAUAAUAAAUUCACAAUUCAACUACUGUAAUUAUUAAGACAUUUAAGGAAUGUAAUAAAACUUGAAUCAAGAGCAGGCUUUAUUUUGGUAGGAUUGACUUUGAAAGGUGAAUUACAGUACAAAAAUCAGCACGAUGAUUUUUACAGCAAGAACUUUGUAAGGAUUAUCUCCAGGAAAGAUAGUUGGGGCUGAUGUACAGGCCUCACUUAUUUUGCUUCAUUAUCAUUUUUUCAGAUUAUUCCUCAAAAGAAAAAUGAAAGGUGGUCAUUUUUAUAAAUUAAGAUCUUUCAGCCACUGCCAUUUGCACUUACUCAUUCUUUUUUCUCCCAUUAUUUGUUUUCUUGUUGUCUUCCUCAUCAAGUGCCAUAAAAUAUCUUCUUGUCCCAACUCCACCCCACCCCAAGAAUUCACAUAAUCAAGAAUAUCUUGCAUGUAACAUUCCAGUUGUUUCUACUCUCAAAGAAAAAGAAAUGCCACCUGGCAGCUAGACCAGUUCUCAGUGGCUCUAAUUCAUGGAUUCUAUAAGAGAUUUGAGUUCUUAAGCUCUCUUAUGUGCCCAUCUCCUUCUUUCUUGUCCUUGUGGGCAAUGGCUGAUGAAGAAUUUAUCACUGUGAGGUAUUCAGAACUAUGGAAGCCUCAAAGGUUACCCUCCUCUAGAAAAAGCAAAAAUACAGUAAAAAGAUUGAUCAAAAGCUGGCACAGCUUCCAUUAAUACUGUUUGAGUAUUACAUCCAUAUUUGAAUAAAUAGGAACACCUGGCACUUAUAGGAGAUAUAUGAAGAAGAUAAUAGAGGGGUGGGUGUAUUAAUAGCCAUGACUGUUUUACAUUUCCCAAUAUUUGAAGUCAUAGUCUCUCAUGUGGCUAAUAGUGCCAUGAGAUAUAAAAAUGUGCAAUUAAGAGAUUUAUCUUGAGAGAUGGAAGUAACUUACUUUUGGAUUGAGCUUGCUAUUCCCAACACUGAGGUUUCUGUAAUAUUAGCUUUUAUUUGGAAGCGAUAGUGUAUAGCAUUUUUUAUGCUGUUUCUUUUAUAUCUGCUGCAAGCAGUGUUCUUGCUAUUCUUUGUACACUGUUUUAAAGUGUCCUGGUUG